AUGUAAGACCUCUUGGCUUAGAAAAUUGCAUAAUUAUCAGAAAAAGUAGUAGAUAACAUUGAUUUCACUAAAGCAGAGGAAUCGUAUAAAGAAUUAAUAAAAAAUUUGAAUGAAGAUCUGUCAAUUGAAUAAUUAAAAUAAUUAGGAAAUCAAUUUCUUGAAUUUUCAUUAGUAUUGCAAUAGGAUGAAUAUAUUUAAAGAAAAAGAGCAAAGGAAGAAACUCAAGAGAAAGAAUAAUUAUUACAUAAGGAAUAUCCACAAUUAUAAGAUAAAUUAAUAAAAUUAAAACAAAAUUGCUAAGAGAUUGAUUUUAAUGCGAAAAAAAUAAAUGAGACUAUUAAAAAAUUGCCGGAAAUAGAAGAAGCUAAUAGAAAAUCAAUGAAAGAUAAAUUUUAUGAAGAUGUAAAAGAUGUAAAAGAUAAGAUUCAAUAAGAAGAUACUGAUGCCUAAAAAUUCGCUGAAGAAAACUUAAAAAUUCGUGAAGAAAUGCAAGCCUUAAUUGCAUAAUAUGAACAAAAGGAGAAGGAUUUCUGGGAGAAAGUUAAAUUGAAUGAAGAGGAACAAAAGAAUGAUACCAAGAAGUACAUGGAAUAAUUUGAAAAAAUGUAAGGGGAUGCUCAAAAGGCAAUGCAAGAAAAAUAAUUAAUAUAAGAUGCAUAAAAGUAGUUAAAUGAUAAAAAAAUGAAAUUAUAAGUAUACAAAGGAAAACAAAAUGAAUUUGUUGAGACUUUUGAGAAAUCAACAAGCACUUUUCAGAAUUUAACCGUGGAGUUCUUAAAAUUAGCUUUUAAAGUCAAGGAGGAUGAAGAAAAAAGUAUUUUAAAUUAGUAGAGAGCUGAUAAAGCUAAUUUAUUAACAGUAGAAAUAGCAUAAAAAAAUGCAGAUUUAAAAUAAUAAAUAGAAAAUAUUGAAAAAGAAAAAGAUAAAUUAAGAGCAGAAAUCUUAGAACUUAAUAAUCAGAAAAAAUUAUAGAGUCAAAAUUAAUAAUAAUAGUAAAAAGCAGAUGGUGAAAAUUGAUUUAUAUUUGGGCAAAUCAAUAUAAAAUAGUCAUCCGAAUA